CUGCAGUUUCCGUUUUCUUCAGCUGCAGGGUUUUUUUUUUUUUUUUAUAUAUGUAAUUUAGGGUGGUGGCUGUUUGCGACUCAACUUCUAGUCAAGAGUGGAGGGAGGCCAGAGUGUUGCUAUAAAUCCAGGAGGGGAACAGUAAUGUUAUUUUAAUGAACGCUGUCUAUCCAUAAACUACACAUCUCUACAAAAUCACAGAGAAGCGAUGCAGGCCAUUAAGUGCGUGGUUGUCGGAGACGGAGCUGUAGGGAAGACAUGCCUGCUUAUCAGUUACACGACCAAUGCGUUUCCUGGAGAGUAUAUCCCCACUGUCUUCGACAACUAUUCUGCAAAUGUAAUGGUUGAUGGCAAACCGGUUAACCUGGGACUGUGGGAUACAGCUGGACAGGAGGACUAUGACAGAUUACGCCCCCUAUCAUACCCCCAGACGGAUGUCUUCUUAAUCUGCUUUUCACUUGUGAGUCCUGCAUCCUUUGAAAAUGUCCGUGCAAAGUGGUAUCCUGAGGUGAGACACCAUUGCCCAAACACUCCUAUCAUUCUUGUGGGCACCAAGUUGGAUCUGAGAGAUGACAAGGACACGAUUGAGAAACUAAAGGAGAAGAAACUCACUCCCAUCACCUACCCACAGGGACUGGCCAUGGCUAAAGAGAUUGGUGCAGUGAAGUAUCUGGAAUGCUCAGCACUUACACAGCGAGGCCUGAAGACGGUGUUUGAUGAAGCUAUCCGAGCAGUGCUGUGCCCACCCCCGGUCAAGAAGAGGAAGAGAAAGUGCAUGAUUUUGUAAUGCCAAAAACAUUUUUUUCACUUUCCUCAAGAUUCAAAUAUGCCAUUUUUUCUUCUAUUGUAAUUAGUGUUUCUAUAAUCCCAUUAAUCUUACCUUUUUAAAUAUAUUCCUAGUUAGCUUUCAUUAGUUUUGGGAAAAAAAAAAAUGCUGUCUUGCAAACAUUUUUAUAACUUGCUGAAAUUAAAAAAAAAAAAAAAAAAAAAAAAAAAAAAUCCAUCAAACCUAUUUUUCCUUUUACUUUGUAGUUUCCAUUGUUUGUCUACAGUCUUCAAAGUGUUGCCAAACUAUCUGCUGUAAUUAACGAAACAAGUCAGGCAAACACUAAAAGCAGUAACUGAUUUUUUUUUUAAGUUUUAUUAAGGUCUGUUAAGAAAAUAAAUCUGGAUUGGUUAAAAGGUGUGUUUUAUAAUGGUUACAUCGUUAUAUAUUUAAAAAAAAAAAAAAAAAUGUUUAGUUUUAAUGAACAAAAACAAUUGCUAAAUAGUAGCUGAGCUGUGGUGUUGUAGUGCAACUGUUGAACGCUACCCUGUGUUUAGUGUGUAACCAUGUACAUCAAGUCAGAUGAAUGCUUAUUAAACUUACUGUAUUCAGUGGUUUGAGAUUCACAAGUAAAUGCAUUAUUGUUGUAAGAGCUCUUGCUGCAGCAAUUUAAAAACAAAAAUAAGCCUCUAACUUGUUUUUGCUAAGGGUAUUAUUCUGUUCCCCUCACCCCCGUUUAGUCAAUUGACAAAGAUGGAAACCUAAAGAUGCUUUUUUGGUGUGAAACAGCAGUAUUGCUAAGAUUAGUUUUUGCACAGAAAUUUGAUUUUGUGCUACUGAGCUGUGACUUCUAGGUUGUAGUGGUGCUGGCCAGGUUUGAUGGCUUGGACCUUUCAGAAUUUCUGUACCAUUUUUGGUAUUGGGGCAACUAUCUUGUUUUAUCUUCCCUUUCUUUAUAUGGCACACUUACAUCCAAGUAACAAAGCCUGUGUUUGAGACUUCAAGCAUCAGUUUGGUGAAAUAAAGAUGUUCAACUAAAA